GAGUUACAAAAGUGAACGAGUGCUGCCUACCAAAUAGUGGGAGAAGAGGAGGAGGAGAAGGAGGAGAGAGAAGGGGAAGGAGAGCGACGCGCGGCCAGCCUGCUCGCCGUGCACAAAAAGGAAGAAAAGCUUGAGUUUGUUUUUCAUGCUUUGCUGCAGAUCUGACAUCUUCUGCGCAUUUAUUGGGGGGGAAAGGAAACAAGCUGCAACAGACAAAAUACAUAAAAAAACACUAAAAAGAAGGAGGUCUUCUAAUGUUGAUUUUUUUUUUUUUUAUUUAAUUUAAAUCAAGCUGCACGCAACUCUUUCUCGGACUGCUUUAAAGACCCCGAGGAGCACCGACCUCCCGCUUGGACCCAGCGCCGACCCUGCGACGCUUCCUCUGGCGGCCUGAGCAGCAGCAGCUCCCCGGUGAGAGGAGGAGGAAGGGGGGGCCGCCUUGGUUAUAAACCCGGACCAUAAACCCCGUUGUUUGAAGAGCUGGGAUCCGCUGGUGGAAGAGGAAGAGGAAGAGGAGGAGGAGGAGGUUCGCACAGCCUGCCUUCACAAUAGACUUUCCCAACACUUAUUAACCAAGCAGCAUCUCUGAAAGUAGCCCGUUUGCAUUGCUGGGAUGUUUGAGCCGCGCUGUUUGGUGGGGUGACCGAGAGCAAGAGAGAGAGAGAGAGAGGGAGAGAGAGAGUGGCCGCAGGGACCGAGAGAGGAGCCGGGAGCAUGGCUCUGGCAGCGCUGUCUCUUUGGGUGCUUACGAGUCUCACCUGGGGCAGCGUGCUCCAGGUGUCAGCCAACAGGCACUCCGUUUACUGGAACAGCUCCAACAUACAUCUCCGCAGGGAGGGUUACACGAUGCAGGUGAACGUCAACGACUACCUAGACAUCUACUGCCCUCACUACAAUGAUAGCCAGCGCAUGGUGGGGUCUGGAGAGCAGUACGUCCUCUACAUGGUCAGCUACCGCGGUUACAGAAACUGUGACCCUCAGCUGGGCUUCAAGCGGUGGGAGUGCAACCGGCCCCACGCUCCUCACGCGCCCAUCAAGUUCUCUGAGAAGUUCCAGCGCUACAGCGCCUUCUCGCUGGGCUACGAGUUCCACGUCGGCCAGGAGUACUACUACAUCUCCACGCCUACUCAUCACCAUGGACGCAGCUGCCUCAGACUACGGGUGUACGUCUGCUGCUCCACAGCAUCUGAUGUGGAUGAUGAACCAGAGCCUACAGAACCAGACUACACGCUGAGGCCAGGCCUAAAAAUCGAUGAUAUUGAUGAAUUCAACCCCUUUGUUCCAAAACUGGAGAAGAGCGUCAGUGGAAGCAGUCCAUCCAGGGACCGACUUCUCCUCACCAUGACGAUGCUCUUCCUCGCUGCCCUCUUCGUCUCCUAGCAGCAGGUGUCCCGACAGCGGCGCCGUAAAUGUUGGGGAGGAUGUUCACUGUUUGGCGCGCGGGAGAGUUGGGUCAGAAGGAAGAGGAGCAUACAGGAGCAGGAGGGAAGAGAGCCAGGGUUUUGUUUUUAAUAUACUUUUUUCAAGCAUCAACGUGCAAAUCAGUUCGUUUGUACAGUUGUUUUUUUUUGAGCGAAUGCCAAAAGACCUGGAGGGACUCGGUGACACGGGCCGAACUGUUAAGUUGCGCUAAACCCCGGCCUGUUCUCGCAGGCACGGGUGUCGUUGACCGUGUUUUGUUACCGUAUGCCUCUGCUUGCCUGUGUGUCUGAGCAGGCCGCAGGGUGAGCUUGUUGGAUCACGCUCACCCCUCAAAGCAUUUAUACAACGAGAGAGACGAGGCUAAAACCUCCACUCGAAAGAAAAAAAAAUGUCCAACCGACCCGUUACAAAUGAUUUGAAGACUUUUUGGAUCUGAUAGUCUAGAAUAACACUUUCUUAGGGCUAGUUGCCAUCGUUUUCCUGCACCAAGGCUGAACAGAAUAGAUUUCAAGCUGAACUGAACUGAUAUUGCCUUUUCUUUUCUCGGUCUUGAUGCUGGGAGCUUGUGCUAGUCCACAAAAGGGGAAAAAAAAAAUUAAGAACCCAGAUAAUGAUGUGUGCUGGAGACUAGACAGAGUAGCUAAUUGUUUAUACACUUACCCAGAAAGUAACACCACUGGGCUCAAGAUGCAAGUGCUUCAUCAGCCAUCUAAACUGUGUCAUCCUAUGUUUUAUGUCUGAUCAAUCCAUAGAGGGGAGAAAGGGGUAAAUACAGAGCAUUUAAAAUGAAAAAAAAUCUUUUACUGUUGCAAUUUUUGUGGGGGGAGAAAAAAAGAAUUUAAAUGUGCCAUUUACAGAAACUGCAAGGGUUGUUUGAUGUUUUAAGUUUCCAAGUUCUAUAUAUAUUUUUGUCCCACCCGUCCGUUAAAGUACUCGGUUAUUCCUCUGGCAUCUUUGAGGUUAACAAAGCACACGAUGGAGACGGAGCGGCCACUCAGCAAUACCAACCCCUCCUCACAACAGACUGCUCAGAAGAGAGGAAGAGGAGCGCGGAAGAAGGACAUUCCUUCGCACAUCCACGAGCAUCUGCAAAUAAGGUCCCCGCUGGUCCAAGAGUCCGUCCUGUUCUCUGUAAACCUUUACGUCGAAUGCCACAUGUGGACUUUUUUAUUUUUUCUGAGUGUGUCUGAGUGAAAAAAAAUAUUUGCUUGGCAGUGAAAAGAAGUAUUCUAAAUGGCAAUGAUCAUUUAUCCACAUACUGUUAUGUUAAAAGCAAAUAGCAGAGAAAAAAAAACAACAAGUUAUGGAAUCAAACCAAGUGCUUUGGUGGGCGAGAUACAGCAAAUCAAAUACAUAAUUUAGUGGCUUCAGAAUAGCAUUUAAAUAGCUACUAGCACCUUAUUCACCGUGGUUCCCCGUCCCUGAUGGUCUCCCGUCAGGAAGGGGCUCACAGUAGUAUCCGAUAACACUGAUGGAGUCGAGGAUUAUACUGUUGAUUGAAAAAGAUGAGGAUUAUGAUGGACUGCGAGCUGAUGGCUGGCCCAAAAGGUCAAUCAGCAGCUCACCCACCGGCACAUGAGACAUUCAAGUACUCGUGUAAAUGUCACAGCAGACGUAGAAUGGAAUAUACAAAGUCUUGAAACCUACAGAAGUUAAAUGUGAUGUAAGAAUUAUUAUAAACUUGAAGAUCUUUUUUCUUUUUCUUCGA